GGUCACGUUAUUGUAAGGGGGGUAGUAGUCGGUGUGGAGACACUGCGCUCUCCAACCAGUCUCUACUUACCUUAAAUAUUACUCAGAGAGUUUACAGGAAAGCGAAACAGCCGAAAAACCAGCCGGGAAUCUUAUAAAAUCCCGGGGUUUGGGCGCUACGACGAUUAGAGAACUGUAAUCUAACCGGAGAAGCUGGAUCUCAUCGCGGACUGGAUGACAAGCUCUACGGCGCUGUAGGUGCACCGGAUUCGGCCAACGACAUGGGGAAUAAAUAGUUGGUGAGAUCUACUUGUUUCGCUGCCGUCAUCUGCUUCAUGUGCUAAUUGUUGUGUCAUACACUCCUAUUGUGCACCGUCAGUUUGGAUUCCCUAGAAGUCAUGGAUGCAAGCUGGAAAAACUGUUUUGAAGAGGAGCUUCUUUGCCCCAUUUGUCUAAAUGUUUUCGACGAGCCAAUCCAGCUGCCAUGCAAGCACAACUUCUGUAAGGGGUGCAUCUCUGAAGCAUGGGCCAAAGAAAGCGCAGCGGUUCGGUGCCCCGAGUGCAACCAUGACUACGACAAGAAACCCACACUGGAGAAGAACUUCAAGCUUGCCAACAUAGUUAAGCGGUUUAAUGCUUUGAACACGGAGAAAGUCCCUGCUGUGCUGCACUGUGUCCUCUGUAGACGAGGCCCUCCGUUGCCUGUGAGGAAAGUGUGUCUGCGCUGCAAGGAGCCCUGCUGCCAAACUCACAUCCAGACGCACCUUCAGCAGCCGUGCGCAGCGCCGGGACACCUGUUAGUUGACGCAGAGGAGCUGAGCGCCUGGACGUGUCCCAGUCAUGAGGAGUACAGGCUGCUGCACUGUGAAGAAGAGCAGGUGGCUCUAUGUCCGUUCUGCUGCAUCUCCCACUGCACCAACCAAAGACACACAGUGUGUGAUGUGGAUACACAACGUGUACAAAAGCAGGCCAUGCUAAUGAGGCAGCAAGACAGACUGGAGGGUCGUGUUCAGAACAUUGAUGAGCAGCUCAACAAGCUGGAGUCAGACAAGACCCUGAUGAAGGAUGCAGUUUCUGAACUGAAGGAGCGUGUGAGCGCUCAGUAUCAGAGGAUGCGUGCACUGCUUGAAGCAAACCAAGUGGAGACCUUGCAGAUGCUGGAGAGCACUUACAUCAUGUAUGUAAGGAAGAACUCUCAGCAGGUUCUGCAGCUCAAUGAGAAGCGUCAGGAAGCAGAAAAGCUCCUAAGCUCAGUACAAAGGUUUUUUCUAAGAGCAGAGAGUGUAAACUUCAUGAAGAACACAAAACCUUACCAGCUGCUAAUGGACAGAUCGAACUCACACCUAAAUGGUGCCAUACCUCCUCUUAGAGUGGGCCAGCUCAGCUCUCAUAAUUUCCUAUCUGACCUUUCAACAAGAGAGAAGAACUUGAGAAAAAUGUUAGAAGAACCGUUAAAUGAGGUACCCGUUAUUGAGAUUGUUCAGUCUCACAGCAGCUCUUCUGGCUCCCAGCUGGGAACAAGUUCAGGACUCCAGAAGAGGAAAUAUGACAUGGCUUUCCUAGAACGUAACUCAGAAAACUCUGCUUCCCAGGAUGCUCCUCCUUUGCUCUACAGCGGUAAAAAACCCUUCCUGGCUGACCAGAACCAUCACGCUUCAUCUAUGUAUUCCUCAGAAGUCCUUCCCCAGAAUCCUCACUCUGGACCUGGCCACAGUCGCCUCCUUGACACUGCAGCCCAUCACAUGGUGGGUCUGGGCUCCAGUUCUAGCCACCACUCAGGAAACUUCUUCCCAUCCUCUCAUUUCCCCAGUGGAGGUGCCUCACAACAAGCCAUGUUAGGAGGGAGGAAAGUGCUGAUGUGUACUCUGAAUAACUGCUGCUGCUCCAGGGCCCCUGCAUCUCGUGGCCAGUCUUCGUACGCAGCAUCAAACUCCUUCCCCUCCAUGACCUCUCAGGAGUUCUCCUCACAUGCCUCACUUCCUGCAAGCCAGCCACUGCAGCAUUUUCCCAUGAGGGGCCUGUUGGAGGCCCAGACUGCCAGGCACCCCGAUUUCUACGGGCUGUACGGCCAGUCUUCAACUAAGCAUUACGGGACCAAGUAACAAACUAGAAUCUGGAUUUGUGCUUUUAUUACAUCCAAACUGGAAUAAUAAUUUCCACAUUAUGUUUUCUGCUCUUUUACAUUUUGACUCAUAAGUGUUGUCAGGUUAUAUCCCUAACAGAAAUGAUUAUUUUAUCUUGGCAUGUUGUGUGAAACCACUUCUGGAAACCACAGUAGCGCUUUAAUCCCAGUGAUACUAGAAUUUCUCUAAUUUGAAAACAAACGUUUACAUUUUUAUUUAUUUUUAGUUUUAAUUUGACUGGAAGUGCUAAUGUGAAUCAUUUUAGUCUUAAUCCUUUUCAGCAGCGACUAAAGAAAUCACAUAUCCUUCAUCAAGAGUCCUGGCAUGGGACUCCAGUGCCUGAAAAGACUGUUAACACACUCUUACUGUACUUGCAAUUUUCUAGCUCUUGAUUAUUUCCUGUUUGGGGCUGAAGGCACACAGGAAACAUCUCUCCAUGCACUCAGAAGUCCAUGUGGCUUUAGAAGAACACUGGACUCCAAAUGCUUGUCAGGUUUUUCAUUAAUUUUUAUAGAGGAUUAUGAAUAAACCAAAAUCUGUGGAAGAUGUUGAAUAAAUAAACAAGCAUAUUAAAUUA